UAGAGCGUUAGCUCAGGCGCUGGGGCUCUGUGCGCCGCGCGCUGGCAAGACGGCAGUUUCUUCUGGUGCUCGGCGUGAGCUAUGGCUGAGGCGAUGGAUUUGGGCAAAGACCCCAAUGGGCCAACCCAUUCCUCGACUCUGUUCGUGAGGGAGGAUGGCAGCUCCAUGUCCUUCUACGUGCGUCCCAGCCCGGCGAAGCGCCGGCUCUCGACGCUCAUCCUGCACGGCGGCGGCACCUUGUGUCGCGUGCAGGAGCCCGGGGCAGUGCUGCUGGCUCAGCCCGGGGAGGCGGCGGCCGAGGCCUCGGGCGACUUCAUCUCCACGCAGUACAUCCUGGACUGCGUGGAGCGCAACGAGAGGCUCGAGCUGGAGGCCUACCGGUUGGGCCCGGCUACAGGGGCCGACCAGGCCCCAGAGACGAAAACCGGGGCUCAGGCUGGGGGCGCCGCUGCCGCGGAGCCCGAGCUGCAGCCGCACGCGGCGCGGAUCGUCUUCACGGUCGCGGACGACGUGGCCAUCUUGACCUACGUGAAGGAACAUGCCCGCUCGCCCAGCUCCGUCACCGGCAACGCGUUGUGGAAAGCGAUGGAGAAGAGCUCGCUCACCCAGCACUCGUGGCAGUCCAUGAAGGACCGCUACCUCAAGCGCCUGCGGGGCCAGGAGCAUAAGUACCUGUUGGGGGAGGCCCCAGUGAGCCCCUCCUCCCAGAAACUCAAGCGGAAAGCUGAGCAAGACCCCGAGGAUGCUGAUAGCGGGGAACCACAGAAUAAGAGAACUCCAGACUUGCCUGAAGAAGAAUUAGAAAAGGAAGAGAUCAAGGAGAAUGAAGAAGCAGUCAAAAAGAUGCUUGUAGAAGCCACCCGGGAGUUUGAAGAGAUUGUGGCCCAGAAAGGUAAGAGAGGAGUUCAAGACGGAGGAGGAAAAUGGAAGGUGGAUGAGAGCCCUGAUUUUGAAAUACAUAUAACAAUGUGUGAUGAUGAUCCACCCACACCUGAGGAAGACUCAGAAACACAGCCUGAUGAGGAAGAAGAAGAAGAAGAAGAAAAAGUUUCCGCACCAGAGGUGGGAGCUGCCAUUAAGAUCAUCCGGCAGUUAAUGGAAAAGUUUAACUUGGAUCUGUCAACAGUUACACAGGCCUUCCUAAAAAAUAGUGGUGAGCUGGAGGCUACUUCCUCCUUUUUAGAGUCUGGUCAGAGGGCUGAUGGGUAUCCCAUUUGGUCCCGACAGGAUGACUUAGAUUUGCAAAAAGAUGAUGAGGGUACCCGAGAUGCACUGAUCAAAAAAUUUGGCGCUCAGAAUGUAGCUCGGAGGAUUGAAUUCCGAAAGAAAUAAUUGGCAAGAUAAUGAAAAAAAAAGUUUUGGUAGAUAAGGCAUUAAAAAAUUUUUUUGUGACAAUUGAACUUCUGAGAUUUUUACAUUGGAACUGACACUCAUCUUUUGACCAAUGCUAUUGUUGCUCUGUGAGUCCUAGAUUUUGUAGCCAAGCAAAGUUGACAGAUGAAAAUAAAAGAAAUUGGGUAUAUUUAGAGCUGUUCCUGGCAGUAUCAAUGUGUUUGUAAAAGGAAAAUCAAAAACAGAGAGGUUGGUUUACAUAGUAAUAACCGCUUUCUGGAAUGGAAUCCCUGCUGUAUUGGUGAGAGGAGCUAGUGUCAAAGUCAAAGGUGGAAAAUUAGGUGGUCUUUUCAGAAAGCAUAAAUAAAGAGCCUCCUAUCCUUUGGCAGAAGCUUCUCUAGAUUAUGAUAGGUUCCAAAUCAAGAAUCUAGGAAUGUGGAAAGAUUUAAUUACAAGGCCUUUGAACAUGGACUGUCCCAAACCCUUGCAUCCCCCAGUGAACUCUGAUUUCUGGGAUGCUUCGAAAACCCCAUAUUCCUUUUGCCAACUUAUAUUUGGGGAGCCUGUUUGUUGGCUGUUCUUUUCUUCAAGUCUGUGUCAGUUAAGUCUCUAGCAUGUGUUUUUUACCUACCAUCCAGUUUUGUUUAAAACACAAACAAAAAUUUAGAGAGUCUUGAGAAAAGUCUUACUUGGUUACUAGUAAUGUGUUUUUAUUUAUUGAGGAUAGUUUUGUGCUAAGAAUAGUGUUAGAUUUAAAAAUUAGAGGAUUAAUUCUUCUUUGUUGUGUUGA